AUGUGGCUAAUGAUAACAGCUUUCGUUCUACAUAUUUUACUUUUAAUAUCGGUUUUUGACAUAUAUUUUCAAACAAUUAUUAUUCAUGUCAACGAAAAUUACGCUAGUCCUGAACCACCUCCAGCUAAACGAUUAGUUCUAAUUUCCGUUGAUGGUCUUCGAGCGCAGUCUUUGUACAAUUAUUCUGCUUUACAUUCUUGUCCAAUCCGGAAUGAUAUAGAUGUCAAAUACCUUAAAGAAAUAAUUGAUAAUGGAUAUGCUUGGGGAAUUUCUUAUGCUCGAGUACCAACUGAAUCUCGACCUGGGCAUGUAGCAAUGUUAGCAGGAUUCUUUGAGGAUCCCAAUGCGAUUAUGAAUGGUUGGAAAGAUAAUCCAGUAGAUUUUGAUUCAGUUUUAAAUGAAACUAGAGAGUCGUGGUGUUGGGGCAGUAGAAUUGUUAUCCGAAUAUUUUCAAAAGGUGAAAAUCAUAUACAUAUUUUUACAUAUACUGAUGGAGAUACUAACUUCACAAUUACUAAAGACACCACCGAUCUGGAUGCUUGGGUUUGGAAUCGAGUUGAAUACUUCUUUAAGAAUACCACAAAUUAUUUUAGACAAAGAUUGUCUGAAGAUAAAAUUAUAUUUUUCUUGCAUUUAAAUGGAAUUGAUACUCUUGUAGACCCUAAUUCUAGAAAAUUUAAAAACAAUAUUAAAGCUGUUGAUGAAGGAGUCAAACAUUUAACAAAAAUUAUUGAAUCGUUUUAUGAGAAUGAUGGUAAAACAAGUUUUCUGUUAACAUCCGAUCAUGGAAUGAAAGAUUCAGGAUCACACGGUUCUGGAAGUCAAUCUGAAACAAAUUGUCCAAUAAUUGCAUGGGGAGCUGGAAUUUCAAGGAAAUCCGAGCUCAAUUAUGCUCCUACAAUUAAUCAAAUCGAUAUUGCUGUGUUGAUGUCAACUUUGAUUGGUGUCCCGAUUCCAAUGAAUUCUUUGAUUUAUUGUGAUUUUAUAGGAAUACAUUUCCUAUUUUUUGUUACAAAUGAAGGAUCAUGGCUUGACAUUGGUUUGAGUAUUUCAUAUUUCAUACUUUUUGAAACUGCAACAUUGGUCAUUCUAAUGCUCUAUGUUUUUGUAUAUGUUUAUACUAAAUACUCUUUUAUAAUGACAAAAGAUCUUGCUAUGAUCUAA